AAGAGUAUCUUUGGAGGAACACGAUAAAGACGAGGCAAGAGCGGAUUACGCUGGGAUGCCUACCACGAUGAUAGCUUACGUCGAACAGCAACGGCGCCUCGUGUCUGACGGCGAUGCGGAGCCCAGCGACGGCGGCGACGCCGGCCAGGAGAACAUCGGCGCGCUCGAUGUCGCCGCCGCCGCCGCUGCCGGAGACAUCGCCCUCGCUGCGCGGGACUUCGGCGGGAUGGUCUUCAUUCCGCCUGCAACCCUUCUCCGGCCGUCCACGACAGACGACGUUGUCCGCGCCGUCUGCGUCGCUAGGCGCUCGUCCCGACUUACCGUCGCCGCCCGCGGCAACGGCCACUCUGUCGGCGGCCAGGCCAUGGCUAGGGGCGGCGUCGUGCUCGACAUGCGCGAUCUCGGGCCCCCCAUGGAGCUAGUCCGGUGCGGGGGCGUUGCCGCAGACGUCCCCGCGGGGGCGCUGUGGGAGGAGGUCCUGGAGUGGGGCGUCCGGAACCAUGGGAUGGCGCCGACGUCGUGGACGGACUACCUGGGGCUCACCGUCGGCGGGACCCUCUCGAACGGGGGGAUCGGCGGCCAGGCCUUCCGGCACGGCCCGCAGGUGGCCAACGUGGCGGAGCUGGAGGUAGUCACCGGCGAUGGCGAGCGGCGUGUCUGCUCGCCCUCGUUGUGCUCUGAUCUCUUCUUCGCGGCCCUCGGCGGGCUCGGCCAGUUCGGCGUCAUCACCCGCGCCCGAAUCCCUCUCGUCCCCGCCCCCAAAAUGGUGAGGUGGAUAAGGGUGGUUUACAAAGGAUUCGAGGAGUACGCGGGGGACGCUGAGUGGCUAGUGACUCGGGCUGACUCGGAAGCGUUCGACUACGUGGAGGGUUUCGCCUUCGUGAACGACGUCUCCGACCCGGUGAACGGGUGGGGAUCUGUGGCGAUCCUUCCCGGCUCGGUCUUUGACCCGGCGAAAAUCCCGGCGGAGUCGGAGCCUGUCCUCUACUGCCUCGAGCUAGCGCUCCACCACAACCACCGCGGGGCGGCGGGCGUGGACGAGCGGGCGAAGGAGAUGAUGUGGCCGCUGCGGUACAUGCGGGGUCUGGUGUUCGCGGCGGACGUGAGCUACGUGGACUUCCUGUCGCGGGUGGGGCGGUCGGAGGAGGAGGCGCGGGCGAACGGGACUUGGGCCACGCCGCACCCGUGGCUCAACAUCCUCGUCUCCUCGUCGGACAUCGCCGACUUCGACCGCACCGUCUUCAAGCGCAUUCUCAGGAGGGGCGUCGGCGGGCCCAUGCUCGUGUACCCGUUGCUCCGGAGCAAGUGGGACCCGCGGAUGUCGGUGGCCGUGCCGGAGAGCGAGGUGUUCUACCUGGUGGCGCUGCUCCGGUUCAUCGCGCCGCGGGAGGGGGACGCCGCGUUGGAGGAAGCGGUGGCGCAGAACCGGGAAAUCAUCGGCUGCUGCCGGAGUAAGGGCUACGAUUUCAAGGUCUACAUCCCCCGUUACGAGAGCGAGGCCGAUUGGGCCCGGCACUUCGGGAGGGACUGGGCGCGGUUCGUGGAGCGGAAGAGGCGAUACGAUCCCAUCGCGAUCCUCGCUCCCGGGCAGACGAUCUUCGCCCGGGCCGAGCCUCCCGCCGCCGCUCCCUAAUGGAGGCGGUGGUGACGGCUCCGAGGCUGGCAGAUCAUGAUGAUGCUGGGAAGACGGAAGGAAAUAAAUGCUGGAAAAGAGACGAAUAAAAAAAGAAAAUAAAAAGGAAAUAGUUAGUGGCAAGCUGAGACCGGUGGUGGGGAUAGUUAGGUUGGUGGUUGUCAUUGGAUAAUGAUUCGCUUUUUCUUUUUUUUUUUUUCUUAACCCUUUGAUAAAAAGUAAAAGAAUUGUACAGGUGGCAUUUUUCUGUUAGUCCACUUCUGAUUGAUAUGUAUCUGUAAAGAACUUUUUCUAUUCAUUAUUCAUAUUAUAUUAUUUAAUA